AUGUCGUCCUCUGCUCCCCCUGGUCCCCCGUCUGGCCCGCCCGAUGUCACUGCACUUUUUGGGCCCCUCCUCCUCGGCGCGCUCCUCAACACGCUCCUGUACGGCGUCAUGGCGGUCCAGGCGUUCAUCUACUUCAACCGCUACCAAAAAGAUCGGACGUGGUUCAAAUACCUCGUGAGCUACCUCGUCCUCGUCGAGACCGUCAAUCUUGUGUGUAUUGUGGGGCUGGUGUAUGAGCCGCUGAUUGUCCGUUACGGUCGCAUGGAGGCGCUGAUUACUUCUCCAAUCAUGCUUCGACCGGAUGCUGUUUUAACAGUGCUCAUCUCCGCACCGACACAGCUGUUCGUCGCGUGGCGCCUGCAGGUCAUCACGCACUCGUACCUGCUCUCUGGCGCCAUUGCCAUUUUAGCCGUUGUCGCAUUCGGCGGCGGCGUCGCAGUCUCCACUGUUGUUUCGCUGCACCCUGACUUUGCGAGCUUCCCCACGUUCAAGCCGGAGGUCAUUACGUGGCUUGUGUCGAGCUCCGCUUGUGAUGUUUUGCUCACGGCAUCGCUGGUGGUAUCCCUGUGGACGCGGAAGUCGAAGGUCGCGUCAACCGACAGCUAUGUCAACAAGAUUAUUCGAUGUGCGUACCGCUCUCGUCUGCGUGAUGUGUUGGCUACUUAUCGGCGCCCCCGGGCCGUUGUAGUAACUGUGCAGACGGGGCUAAUCACCGCCGCCGCCGCGUCGCUUGACAUGCUGCUCUACGUGCUGAUCCCCAACACCAGCUACAACUUCAUUCUUGACUUCCCGCUCUCGAAGCUAUAUACGAACAGUCUGCUCAGCACGCUAAACGCCCGCCCGUGGCGCGAGUCCGCGCAGGACUACAACGCGCCGAACGUGCUAUUCGAGCAGAGCGGGAGGACGGGGACGUCCGGGACAUCCGGCGGCGCGAGCCGGAGCCGGACCGGCCCGCAGACUUUUAGCCUGGUGCAGACGGGAACGCAGAGGAAGGACCAUAUGGGGCUGGGCUCGUAUCAGCCGUCAACCCAGACCGCCACGGGCGUGAACGUGAGCGUGAAGACGGAGUCGUUCCUCGACAUUACGCCUGCCCCUCACCCAUACGGCGUAGGCGUGGACAGCAAGAACGGCCAUGGAGAGGAGCAGUACGUCGUCGCGAUGCCGCGGUACGAGCGCGACCAGCAUGCGCAUUCUCCGGUGUAA